AUGAAUAAAACUGAAACAGAAAUUAAAAAUUAAAAUAAUAAUAGAUUGUAAAUUAUAAUUUUUAUUUAGAAAAAAAUUAAGUGAUCAUAGUUUUAAGAAAUUAUAGGAUGAUGUAGAAAAGGAAAACUAAACAGAUUUUAUUGUUUAUGAGUUAAAUUCAACUAAUUAUUAAUAAAUUACGACAGAUAAACAGUUAGAUUUAAAGGAAAACAAUUUUACUUUAUUAAUACUUGAAAUUAACUAAUUCUAAUCUAAUAAAAAUAUAGAUAAAUCAUUUAAAAUUAGAAUCUUAUCAGUAAAAAGAAGUAAUGUUGUGGAUGAUAUUGAUUAUAUUUAAUUUAUAUCUAUAUAAAAUAAAAUGGAAUUUGAAGUUUAAGAAAAUUAAGCCAAUAAUUCAAUAUAAGGAAUUAUAAAUCUUUAACCAUAAGUGAAUUAAGUAUAAGCAUAGUAAUAAGAAAUCCCAAUUAAACAAACAGACCUUUAGGUUUCAAGUACACUAGAAGAAAGUGUAGCAGUCACAUUAGUAUAUAUAAAUAUAAAACUAAGCUUCGAGAUUUAAGAUAAAUAGGAGUAAAAUUGAGAUGCGUUUUAGUACCAACUAUGUCAACUGAUAAUGCUAAAGAACUCAGAAAUUGUAAUUGAAUUAUUUUUGAUAUUUUAGGGGAUUUAUGGGGACCAUUAGUAUUUUGUUUGAUGUUAGCAUUGUAUAUUUUAGUUUGACUUUUAGAACUUUAAGUUUGAGUGGUAAUAAUGAUGAUGGUCCAGGUAUAUUUGCAACAAUAUUUGUACUUAUUUGGGUUGGAUCCUUUGUAGUUACUUUAAAUGCUUAAUUAUUAGGUGGGAAAGUGUAAAUAUAGAAAUAAAAUUAAGAUCAUUUUUUCAAUCAGUUUGUGUGUUGGGAUAUUGUGUAUUUCCAAUAAAUUUAGGAGCAUUAUUUACUCUUUUCUUUUCCUUCUUUUAUUUGAAAAUGUUUUUGGUUAUUGGUUGUUUUCUAUGGUCAACCUAUUGUAUUAUUAUUUUAAUAUAUUUUAUAGCUGCAGUUGGAUUUAUGAAAUUAUUAAUUCCAGAAUAGAAAAGAAUAUUAGCACUUUAUCCAGUGAUUCUAUUUUAUUUAUUUUUAAGUUGGUUUGCUCUAAUAGUAUGA